GUACCAGUUUGUUCAAGAUCACUGCUCGCUUGGGUUCAUGGUUCACGAGUACGUCGUUGUUUGAUAGAUGGAAUAAUUUGGAGACAGAGAGAGCGCCUCGUGAAUGACCUGGAAAGAGCUUAUCUCCUUUCUUAGUUAGUGUAGCACCAGACGCGGUGACUUGCUUGAGCCAGCCUGGGCGAGCGUGAAUAAACGGGUGGACAAACGAAUGCUCGAACUGGCUGGCGCUGGAAACCAUGGUAGUCAAAGUCAACUACCUUCUUCUACCAAUAUUCUACCAACCUUCCAUUCGUGUAGCUAUCUAGCUAUCUAUCUUUCGUGUUCUUGUCAAACUGGAUAAGGAGGAAAUAAGAAAGCCGAGGCUGUGAGCUGCGCUAGGUCGGAAGAGUCAGGAGAUUUAGCUGUCGGUCCCCCGGCUGUGUUGUGCGAUUGCUCCAAGGAGAAGCCAUUGCACGGACUGCUCUACCUCCUCUCCCACUCCCAGCCAGCCAGAGCAGAAAGAGAGAGCCCAGCCUCCAUUAGCGACAGUCUGGCUGGCAUAGCCGCUGGUACACGUCCAGACACUCCAUGUCCACUAUGUUAUGCUGCCGAUGGUUUAUUCCUUCAAUUACAAUCUAAUCUGAUGUGGAUUUAAUAUGGUUCUUCAUAUGAUUGGAACUAUCUAGCUACGAGUUUCUUGGGUGAAAUAUCCGUAUGAUCAGUUUGACUUCUUUUUUAAAUGUAUUCUGAGUCUGAUGUGGCGCUGUAAGGAGAACUGUUUUGGAUGUUAUGCUGUCAGCCAAGGCUCUGAAGUCAGGUUUCCCUGAUUUUCCAGGGAGUCCUCAGCGAUGGAGGUGCUACAGUGCGAUGGCUGUGACUUCCGUGCUGAGUCAUAUGACGACCUCAAGGCCCACAUCCAGGAUGUCCACACGGCCUUCCUGCAGCCCACGGACGUCGGAGACGGAGAGGGGGGCGGGAGUCCCUGCCAGUCCAGGUCAGACUCUCUUAACUCCCCCAGCCAGACAGAGGGGGAGGAGGAGGAUGAGCAGAAUGAAUCUCCCCAAACUGAAACGGGCCACUGCUUCGAAACAGACUUUUCCAGCUCGAACCAAAUGCCAUACAACAAGUCAGCAAACCAAUCCAACAAGUCAGCAAACCAGUUAUUCCAGUGUAAGAUCUGUGUCCGUUACUUUAGAUCCAAAUCUCUCUUGAGUAAACACACCAAGAAGGUACAUGGAGCCACACUAAGUGGUGGGAGCUCACCAGCCUCCCAGGCGUCCAAACAGUCCAACUACAAUAUCCUCAUCCAUGAUAGUCUUGGGAAAGUGUUCUCCUGCCAGUAUUGUACAUACAAGUCUCCACGCAAAGCCAGGAUCCUGAAACACCAAAAGAUGUAUCAUAAAGGGAAACUUAAUCUGGACCCCCCUGAAUCUCCAUCUGAGGCUGUUGAAGAAUCUGAGGCAUUGUCGUCUGAGGAACCCAGUGAGGAAAUAGAAGAGGAUGUGGUGGAACGUGGCAUCUUGGAGUCCAUGGUUAAACCUCUGGGGAAGUCCAGGGGGAACCAGGCUCUUCGUGGGGGAUGGUGUGAUAACAUGAUGAAAAACAGCAACAUGGCGAAAAGGAUCUCAACCAUCCACCCAAGUGGAGAAGGAGAGGGAAGCGCAGGCUCUUCUAAAUCGGAUUCCCCCUCUUCCCCAAGAAGCCCUAACUCCAAUAUGGUUUCCAAUGACCAGAGUGUUAAUGAAGGCUCCUCAGUAGCCAACUGCUCAGUUUUCAAGCUCAGCAAAACCGCCUCUGGGAUAUCACCCUAUCAGUAUUCACAGAUCCAAUCGGUAGCGCCAAACAGCACAGGAUCUUCCAUUUUGUCUGAAAGGUCCACCUUCGUGAUGUCUGAUGUCUCCAACUCUGCCAUAGAGAUGGAUUCAGGCAUGCUGGAUGACCCUAGGAGCAGCUCUGAAGACGACGACGAACUGGGUGACGAGGAUGACCCCAAAUACACCGACCCGUUGUCAGCCGGUGAUUCUGCUAAGCAGCUUCUGUCUGAGGAGGAUAACAAGAUGCUGGAGACUAAAGGGAUACCGUUCAGAAGGUACAUGAACAGGUUCCAAUGUCCCUUCUGCUCUUUCCUCACCAUGCAUCGCAGAAGCAUCUCCCGUCACAUCGAGAACAUACACCUGUCUGGUAAGACUACAGUGUACAAGUGUGAUGUGUGCCCCUUCAUCUGCACCAGCCCUCUCAAGUUAGGCACGCACAAGCAAAGCCACUCCUCAGACUGGGACACCAUGGACUUGACCAGUGAAAGCCCAGGUCCUCAGAACGAGACUCCAGAACCAGUGAACGGAGGAAAUGUUGCUGCUUCCAAAGUCAAUGGGAAAAAGCUUAACAGUGUGCUAAAUGACCUUAAUCAGCAGAACCCUCACCGCUGUACUCUUUGUAGCUUCUCGACCACCACUCUGAAAGGUCUGAGGGUUCACCAGCAACACAAACACUCCUACUGUGACGAAAUGCAAGCUGUCGUUCUGGAGGAGUCAGCAAAUGAGCAGCAGGACUCCGAAUUAGAAACGCUCUCCAAUUCUCAGAGCUUUGUACAAAAAACCCAGACUUCGAUUCUUGGACUUGGAUCCAAAAAGCACUUAACCGGGAAAACAGCAAGAAAGUCCAUCAACGACCUACCUUUAGAUCUGUCUCCAGUCAAAAAGAGAACUAGGAUUGAUGAAAUCGCCAACAACCUUCAGAGCAAGAUCAGUCAACAACAGGAGGAUCUGGUGAUUCAUCUGGAAGGAAUUGAUGAUGAAGAGGAAGGAGAGCUCAACAUUGAUGAAGAUGUGGGCAGAGACAAGGAGGAGAAUGACAGUGAUAGUAAAAAUCAUGGCUACGUUUACAACAAGCUUUACGAAGGCCGGGUGGGUAAAAGAAAAAGAACCCUUACGUCAAAGCUAAGAAACAUUCCCAUUGCGCUGACACUCUCUGACGAUGAGGACAACGACUCUGCUGAUCCUAAAGCUGAUCUCCAGGACCAGAGCAGCCAAGACAGCCGAGAUACUGCUUUCCAUGAGAACCUGGACUAUUCAGAGGUCUCUGGGGUCGCACGCUUCUAUUGCAAGCACUGUGACUACCACAACAAGUCAGCCCGCAGUGUAAGCACCCACUACCAGAGAAUGCACCCUUAUAUCAAGUUUAGCUUUAGAUACAUCCUCGACCCCGAGGAUCAGAGCGCAGUCUUCCGUUGCCUGGAGUGCUUCAUCGAAUACACCAACUUCAACGAUCUUCACGAUCACUACAUGGAUCACCAUCCAGAAGCCAGCAAUGUGCUGAACUUCAACCAACCAGAUCUGGUGUACAUGUGCCGCUUCUGUUCGUACACAAGUCCAAACGUCAGGAGCUUGAUGCCCCAUUACCAAAGAAUGCACCCUGAAGUGAAAAUAAACAACGCUAUGAUCUUCUCAAGCUACGUGGUGGAACAGCAACACAAGGGUGCAGAAUCUCAAACGCUGAGAGAAAUAUUAAACUCCGGUCCCAAGAGUUUCACCUGUAGCUCUUCCACUUCCACGCCCAAGUCCUCAUCCAGUCCUGCACACAAAAAUGUUGCAAAGACGCAAGAUACAACUGCAGAGACGGAAGCCCUGAAAGAGGGUGGUAACGUUGUAGUGUAUGACUGUGAAGUAUGCUCCUUUGCUAGCCCUAACAUGCACUCUGUUCUAGUGCACUAUCAGAAGAAGCAUCCAGAGCAGAAGGCCUCGUAUUUCCGUAUUCAGAAAACUAUGAGGGUUAUCACAGUUGAUAGGCCACUGUCAGCAGGCAGCUCUUCCUACAAUGUCAACAUACCCACCCCUGUGAAGUCAUCCAGCGCCACAAUGCCAUUUGGUACGGAUGAGGAGAUCUACUACUGUAAACAUUGUGUUUACAGCAACCGCUCUGUUGUGGGUGUUCUUGUCCAUUAUCAAAAGAGACAUCCAGAAAUAAAAGUCACAGCGAAAUACAUCAAGCAUGCCAGUCCCACCCCUGGGUUGAUGAAACUAAUGGAUGAGCUACAGAUUGCACCUCCAAAGCAGUUCCUCAAACAGUUCAACAACAACGGAUUCGAUGGAUCCAGUAAUUCACAUGGUAGGGUUGGCACAGAGAAGGGAGAAGCAGAGAUGCUCUUCUUCUGUCAGCACUGUGACUACGGGAACCGCACUGUAAAAGGAGUGCUGAUUCACUACCAAAAGAAGCACAGGGACGCAAAGUCGAAUGCUGACCUUGUACGCCGGCACACUGCGGUGGUCCGCAGUCAACGAGAGCGAGCUCAGAUGGGCCAGUCAGGCACUGCAGCCUCUGCCAUUGCUCCUGCUGCUCCUGCUGAGAUGAUAGAGACGUCCUCCGAAACCCUUCGCUCAUUGAAGUGCAGGCACUGCUCUUAUACAUCUCCAUACGUGUAUGCCUUGAAGAAGCACCUGAAGAAGGAUCAUCCUACUGUGAAGGCCACAGCCAUGACCAUUUUACACUGGGCGUACCAAGACGGCAUCCUGGAGGCUGGUUACCACUGUGAGUGGUGCAUCUAUUCCCACGGAGAACCCAACGGGCUGCUCUUGCAUUACCAAAGACGGCACCCAGAGCACAACGUUGACUACACGUACAUGGCCAGCAAGCUGUGGGCAGGGCCUGAUACUACUGCCUCCCAGCCGGGAGGGAACGCUGGGGACACUAAGCACUACCAAUGCAGAGAUUGUGCCUUCGAGGCUUGUUCCAUCUGGGAUAUCACCAACCACUACCAAGCUGUCCACCCCUGGGCUGUCAAAGGGGAUGAGUCUGUGCUACUGGACAUCAUCAAAGGUCAAAGGUCCCAAGCGACACUCCACCCAUCGAUGGCUAAAGGACCACCUUUCACUUUUCUUCCGACUGAGCACGAUGAAGGCCCACUGGAUAUCCCUACGCCACCUCAAGAACACCUCCAACACCAUCCCAGGCUCUCCCACACAAGCAGCUCUAUCUCAAACAGCCCGUACCAGUGCACUGUAUGUCUGUCUGAGUAUAACAGCCUACAUGGACUUCUGACACACUAUGGCAAGAAACACCCAGGCAUGAAAGUCAAGGCGGCUGACUUCGCACAGGAAGCUGAUAUCAAUCCAAGUUCAGUUUACAAGUGUCGCCACUGUCCGUAUGUGAACUCACGCAUCCAUGGAGUUCUCACUCAUUACCAGAAGAGGCAUCCGUUGGUGAAGGUCACCGCGGAGGACUUCUCAGACGAUAUAGAGCAGGUUAAAGAUAUAACUGAAGUGGAUGACAAGUGCAAAACCCAAAGACAGGGCUAUGGUGCGUACAGGUGCAAAAUGUGUCCUUACACUCAUGGGACAUUGGAGAAACUGAAAGUUCACUACGAGAAAUAUCACAAUCAACCAGCUUCAGAUAUGUUCAAGACUCCCCACAUGCAAUAUUCCACAGUGAAAGAUGAGCCGGUGGCUGAAUGCAGUGCCACGAGUCUAUCGUCAGAGGUACAAGAGGUCAGCGAAUUCGAACUCGCUCUCACCCAGUUCCCCAUCAACAAAGGAGAGGCCCAUGCUGUGUUUAGGUGUCAGCUCUGCAAGUACUUCUGCUCGACCAGAAAAGGCAUAGCUCGACACUACCGCAUCAAACACAACAACGUCAGAGCUCAGCCGGAAGGCAAGAACAACGUCUUCAAGUGUGCUCUCUGUUCGUACACCAAUCCCAUUCGCAAAGGCCUGGCGGCUCACUAUCAGAAGCGUCAUGACAUUGAUGCCUACUACACACAUUGCCUGGCAGCCUCCAAGACGUUGACGGAGAAGCCCAGUAAAGUGGUGGUGCCCUUGGCGUCAGAGGCGGAAGGGUCGGAGCUGACCGAGGAGUUACGGUUGGCCGUGGAGAGGAGAAAGUGUUCGCUCUGUGCUUUCCAGGCCUUCAGCAGGAAGAGCAUAGUCUCCCACUACAUCAAACGCCAUCCAGGAGUCUUCCCCAAACGGCAACACUCCAGCAAACUCGGACGCUACUUCACUGUACUCUAUGCCAAAGAACCCGAACCCAUCGAAGAGGUGAACAAAGUGGUGGAGGUUGAACCGAAGCCCGAGCCAGAGGGAGAGGUUGCCGAGUGGCUGCCGUUCAAGUGUCUAAAAUGCUUCCAGCUAUCCUUCAGCACGGUCGAUCUGCUCUCCAUGCACUACAACGACCAUCACAGUGGCAAGGACUUGAAGCGGGACUUCGUCAUCCACCCCAGCCUUACGGAGGAUGGGACGGAGACAGAGCUCUAUCAGUGUGCCCACUGUGAGCUGAAAUUCCUGGGUCUUCCUCUCCUCAGCACUCACCUGAUGAACCAUAACGAGGAGUUCCAGAAGCGGGCGAUGAGGCAGGAGAGGAGGAGGCAGCUCCUUAGCAAGCAGAAGGCAUCUGAGCCACCGGAGACAAAGACUGAGAAGCUGGUGAACAAUACUGACAAAGCUCCGAUUGGCUACAGGUGUAACUUCUGUGUUGAGGUCCACCCCACUCUCAGAGCCAUCUGUAACCACCUGAGGAAACACGUCCAGUACGGGGAGGUCAAGGAGGGCCAUGUCAAGCAGGAAGUCACAGAUGUACCAUUGUCCACCAUCCCGGGAGAGAACAGCAUCACCAACGGAGAGGUGGAAGAGGUGACCGACAACUCCAUCAUGGAGACAUCCCCCAAGGACAUGACGAUGGUCGCCACAGCUAUGGGCCCGGUGGUCGCCGGGGAUGCUGUUGCCAUAGAAACAAUGGAGAUGGCAAUUGGAGAGGGGGUUGGGGUAGUGGCGCCCGUCGGCCAGCAGGUGAAGGAGAGGCUUGUUGGGGGACACCCGUGCGCUCAGUGCGACCGCGUCUUCAUGUCCAUGCAGGGGCUGAGGUCCCACGAGAGGAGCCACUCGGCCAUGGCCAUGUUCACCAGAGAGGACAAGUACAGCUGCCAGUACUGCCAGUUCGUCUCCCCCUUCAGACACAAUCUGGACAGACACGUGCAGUCCCACCAUGGGCACCACAAGCCUUUCAGAUGCAAGCUCUGUCCCUUUAAGUCUGCCUACCUGAGUCGCCUGAAGAGUCACCUACACAAAGCACAUGCAGGCGAGAACACCUAUAAGUGCUUGUCCUGCCCCUUCUCCUCAAUGACUAUCAGCCAGCUGAAGGAGCACUCUCUGAGGGACCAUGGGGAGGCCCUGACCCUCCCCAGGCUUCGUGCUGGCGCUACCACCCAGGGCCCCCAGACCAGGCCACUCAGGCUGGGCUCAGACCCUCACCAGACACCCCUGACCUCUAACCUUGACGACGCUGGGUACCUGCAUGAGACGGCGGACGUACGGCAGCAGCUCAGUCACUAUCAGCUAGCAUCUCGUAGUCAUGUGACCACCGCCCCGGCCCAGGGCGCGACCUCCGACACGCGUCCGGAUGGCAUCCUGACCUGUGAGUUCUGUGAGUUCAGUUCGGGGUACAUGCAGAGCCUGCGCCGCCACUACAGAGAUCGACACGGAGGGAAGAAGCUGUUCAAGUGCAAGGACUGCUCCUUCUUCACCUGCUCCAAGUCAGCAUUCACCAUGCAUGUGGAAGCAGGACACACCGUGGUUCUUGAGGAGGGUCACAAAGACCUACGCUGUCCACUCUGUCUCUACCACACCAAAUACAAGAGCAAUAUGAUUGACCACAUCGUCCUGCACAGGGAGGAGCGCGUGGUACCCCUGGAGGUGUCCCGCUCCAAGCUGUCUCGGCACCUGGCGGGCGUGGUGUUCCGCUGCCACAAAUGCACCUUCACCUGCUCCAGCGACCAGAGCCUGCAGCUGCACGUCACCAAGCACAACGAGAUGAAACCCUACCAAUGCCAACUGUGUUACUACGACAGCAGGGAGCGCUACCAGCUGGAGGAACACCUCCGAGACGAGCACAAGGUGAUCCGUAACUUUGAGUCGAUGGGGCGGGUCAAUCUGGAUCAGCUGGAUGCAUUAAAGGAGAUUCGCAGUAGCGCCGAGGAGGAAGAGGAGAGAGAGGAGGAUGGAAUGGUCAUGGAAGAAGAGAUGAUGGAGGAGAGAAGAGAUGAAGAGCUAGAGGAGGAAGAGGAAGGGGGAGUGGCAGAAAAGCCUUUUCCUAAAGAUGUCCCUGUGGUUUCCCCGAGCAGCAGCAGUGUGUCUGCCUCCGCUGACAAGCGUUUCCCCUGUGAGUUCUGUGGUCGUUGCUUCAGCAACAACAUAGAGUGGGAACGCCACGUCCUCCGACACGGAAUGACUGUUACCAACAGCAGAACAACAGACACUAGCGCCACUCCAGCAAUAGACACCUCAGCUCAGCUUCUUAUUGGCUCGUUGGAUGUCGUGACAAUGACCGAUAGAGGGAUGGACCUAUCCAGCAACGGCAUGGAGGUGGAGAGAGGAUAUGCCUCUGACGUAUCACAGAGUAGUAAAAAUCAGAAUGAGGAAGACAAAGAAAUACUUGAGACCAAAAAUGACCUAUAGGAAGAGAGGGAAGAGAAGAGAACUGUGGCCUAACAUUGUAGUCACUGUGCUAGAGACCAUAACAUUAGGUUUUAUGGAUAUUGAUGUUGGGUUGGGUAUCAAAAAUAGGCUGCAAAAAAAAAAGAUGUAAACAUAAAAAACAAAGUCAAAGGAAUUGUCACCUUUUGGAGCAUUGUUAGCUUUUAAGUGUAACAUAUUGGAAACAAUAGGUUGUGUUCAAUGAUUUAUAUAUACACUAGAUGACUGACAGGGAGCGCUGUUUUGAAGCCGCCGUACCUCCAUCUUGGCUCUCCCCCACCAUUGUGUUGAUGCCACCGCGCCUCCAUCUUUGAACUCCCCCACCAUUGAAAAAAUAUUUUGGAAGCUAUAGAAAUGCAUUUAUGAAGUCUACAUUUGUUUUUGACACGUUUAUUCUAUACUGAACAAAAAUAUAAAUGCAAUUCAAUGAUUGUACUGAGUUACACUUCAUAUAAGGAAAUCAGUCAUUUUAAAUAAAUAAAUUAGGCCCUAAUCUAUGGAUUUCACGACUGGGCAGGGCCCACCCAUUUGGGAGCCAGGCCCAUUCAAUCAGAAUGAGUUUUUCACAACAAAAGGUCUUCAUUACAGACAGAAAUACUCCUCAGUUUCAUUAGCUGUCCAGUUGGCUGGUCUCAGAUACUCCCGCAGGUAAAGAAGCCGGAUGUGGAGGUCCUGGGCUGGCGUGGUUACACGUGGUCUGCGGUUGUGAGACUGGUUGAACGUAAUGCCAAAUUCUAUAAAAUAACCUUAUGGUAGAAAAAUUAACAUAACAUUCUCUGGCAACAGCUCUGGUGGACCUCUGGCAACAGCUCUGGUCGACAUUCCUGCAGACAGCAUGCCAAUUGCAAGCUCCCUCAAAACUUGAGACAUCUGUGGCAUUGUGUUGUGUAACAACACUGCACAUUUUAGUGGCCUUUUAUUGUCCCCAGUACAAGGUGCAUCUGUGUAAUGAUCAUGCUGUUUAAUCAGCUUCUUGAUAUGCCACACCUGUCAAGUGGAUGGUUUAUCUUGGCAAAGGAGAAAUGCCCACUAACAGGGAUGUAAAAAAAAAUCUGCGAAAAAAUAAGCUUUUGUGCAUUUGGAACAUUUCAAUUAUAUCAGUUCAUGAAACAUGGGACCAACACUUUACGUGUUGCAUUUAUAUUUUUGUUCAGUAUAUUACAGACAUGUUAAUGCAUAUUUUUGUUAUUAUAUUAUGUGAGCUAAACAUAAAAAUAAAUAAAAAUUGGAAAAAAUAUAUAUAUAAAAACAUUUGCAUUAAAGUAUAAUGUUUUGAAAGUGAUAAUGUUACUUUGCCCACUACAGCAACAAAAAUACUAAAAUACAUUUAAUUUUGACCUUGAAUCAUUCAAUUUUAAUACUGUAGAAUUCCAUUCAUUUCUAUGGACUGCUUCUUCUGUGGAGUGCCAAUAUGGCCGACCGGUGGCUUCAACGCCUCUCAUUGGUCAAUACAUAGCAUCAGCAAUCCAGGGUUUAUAUACAUCACCGUUUGUGUUACAUCCCAAAAAAUGUAAAUGGAUUAACUUUAAAGUGAGUCACUGGUCCCAUAGAAUAGAUGUUAAUAUAUUGGUAACCAAUAGUGGAUGGUACUGUAAAGCAUACAUUCAGGUCAAAUCGUCAGUUUCCACAGCUUAAGUCCUAGUUCACGUCUACUGAACUAAGAUAUUUAUUUUGUUUAAAGAAAAGAGUGGGUGACAUUUCCCCAAAACAUGUUUGAAAUUGGAGAAUUACAUUUUUAAGCCUAUACAAUGCCUUCAGAAAGUAGUUAUACCCUUUGAUUUAUUACACAUUUGUUUGUUACAUCCUGAAUUCAAAAUUUAUUAAAUACAUCUAUUUUUUCUCACCCAUCUACACACAAUACCCAAUAAUGACAAAGUGAAAACAUGUUUUUAGUUUUUUUUGCAAAUUUAUUGAAAAUUAAUUAUAUCUAAUUUCCGUAAGUAUUUACACCCCUGGGUCAAUUUGUUGUAGAUGCAAGCACCUUUGGCAGCAAGUACAGCUGUGAGUCUUUCUGGGUAAGUCUCUAAGAGCUUUCCACACCUGGAUUGUACAACAUCUGCCCAUUUAUUAUUUUCAAAAUCAUUCAAGCUUUGUCAAAUUGGUUGUUGGUCAUUGCUAAACAACCCUUUUCAGGUCUUUCCAUAAAGUUUUAGGUAGAUUUAAGUCAAAACUGUAACUCGGCCACUCGGGAACAUUCACGGUCUUCUUGGUAAGCAACUCCAGUCUAGAUGGGGCCUUUUGUUUUAGGUUAUUGUCCUGCUGAAAGGUGAAUUCAUCUCCCAGUAUCUGGUGGAAAGCAGACUGAACAAGGUUUUGCCUGUGCUUAGCACCAUUCCAUUUAUUUUUUUUAUCCUAAAAAUUUCCCAGUCCUUAACGAUUACAAGCAUACCCAUAACAUGAUGCAGCCACCACUAUGCUUGAAAAUAUGGAGAGUCUUACUCAGUAAUGUGUUGUAUUGGAUUUGCCUCAAACAUAACACUUUAUAUUUAGGACAAAAAAGGUAAUUGCUUUGCCACAUUUUUUGCUUUUUUACUUUAGUGCCUUAUUGGAAAACAGGAUGCAUGUUUUGGAUUAUUUUUAUUCUGUACAGGCUUCCUUCUUUGCCCUCUGUAAAUUGUGUUAAUAUUGUGGAGUAACUACAAUGUUGUUGAUCCAUCCUCAGUUUUCUCCUAUCACAGCCAUUAAACACUGUAACUGUUUUAAAGUCACCAUUGGCCUCAUGGUGAAAUCCCUGAGCGAUUUCCUUCCUCUCCGGCAACUGAAUUAGGAAGGACGCUUCUAUCUUUGUAGUGACUGGGUGUAAUUAGUGUAAUUAAUAACUUCACCAUGCUCAAAGGGAUAUUCAAUGUCUGCUUUUUUUUUACCCAUCUACUAAUAGGUGCCAUUUUAUGCGAGGCAUUGGUUGAAUCUGUGUUUGAAAUUCACUGCUCAACUGAAGAACCUUACAGAUAAUUGUAUGUGUGGGGUACAUAGAUGAGGUAGUCAUUCAAAAAUCAUGUUUAUUACUAUGAAUCACUAUUAUUGCACACAGAGUGAGUCCAUGCAACGUAUUAUGUAACAUGAACCUAUUUAUGCUUGCCAUAACAAAGGGGUUGAAUACUUGUUGACUCAAGACAUUUCAGCUUUAAAUUUUUUAUUAAUUUCAAAUAAUUUCUAACAACGUACAGUGCCAGUCAAAAGUUUGGACACACCUACUCAUUUAAGGGUUUUUCUUUAUUUUUUACUAUUUUCUACAUUGUAGAAAUAAUAGUGAAGACAUCAAAACUAUGGAAAUAACACAUAUGGACUCAUGUAGUAAACAAAAAAGUGUUCAUCAAAUCAAAAUAUAUUUUAUAUUUCAGAUACUUCAAAGUAGCCACCCUUCGCCUUGAUGACAGCUUUGCACACUCUUGGCAUUCUCAACCAGCUUCACCUGGAAUGCUUUUCCAACGGUCUUGAAGGAGUUCCCACAUAUACUGAGCACUUGUUGGCUGCUUUUACUUCACUCUGUGGUCCAACUCAUCUCAAAUCAUCUCAAUUGAGUUGAGGGCGGGUGAUUGUGUUGACCACGUCAUCUGAUGCAGCUCUCCUUCUUGGUCAAAUAGCCAUUACACAUCUUGGAGGUGUGUUUUGGGUCAUUGUCCUGUUGAAAAACAAAUGAUAGUCCCACUAAGCGCAUAUAUUUGGGCUGCAAUUUCUGAGGCUGGUAACUCUAAUGAACUUAUCUUCUGCAGCAGAGGUAACUCUGGGUCUCCCAUUCCUGUGGCGGUCCUCAUGAGAGCCAGUAUCAUCACAGUGCUUGAUGGUUUUUGCGACUGCACUUGAAGAAGCUUUCAAAGUUCUUGAAAUGUUCUGAAUUGACUGACCUUGUCUUAAAGUAAAGAUGGACUGUCAUUUCUCUUUGCUUAUUUGAGGUGUUCUUGCAAUAAUAUGGACUUGGCCUUUUACCAAAAUGGGCUAUCUUCUGUAUACCACCCCUACCUUGUCACAACACAACUGAUUGGUUCAAACGCAUUAAGAAGGAAUGAAAUUCCACAAAUUAACAAGGUUAAUUGAAUUGCAUUCCAGGUGACUACCUCAUGAAGCUAGUUGAGAGAAUGCCAAGAGUGUGCAAAGCUGUCUUCAAGGCAAAUGGUGGCUACUUUGAAGAAUCUCAAAUAUAAAAUAUAUUUUGAUUUGUUUAACACUUUUUUGGUUACUACAUGAUUCCAUGUGUGUUAUUUCAUAGUUUGGAUGUCUUCACUAUUUUUCUACAAAUGUAGAAAAUAGUAAAAAUAAAGAAAAACCCUUGAAUGAGUAGGUGUGUCCAAACUUUUGACUAGUACUGUAAUUCCAUUUUGACAUUAUGCGGUAUUGUGUGUCGGCAAUUGACAAAAAAAUCUACAUUUAAUCCAUUUUAAAUUCAGGCUGUAACACAACAAGAUGUGGGGAAUAGUCAAGAGGUGUGAAAACUUUCUGAAGGCACUGUAUGUAUCAAAGCACCUUUGACCCCAUGGAAGUUCCAAACGAGGGGUUCUUUAAAGAUAUUUAACCUACUCUACUAUGAUCCCACCUUUAACCUACUACUGCUCCCUGAUCCCCCUUUAAGCUCCUACUGCUCCCUGAUCCCCCUUUAACCUACUUCUUCUCCCUGAUCCCCCUUUAACUUACUUCUUCUCCCUGAUCCCCCUUUAACUUACUUCUUCUCCCUGAUCCCCCUUUAACCUCCUACUGCACCCUGACCCCCUUUAACCUCCUGCUCCCUGACCUCCCCUUCACCUUGACCCCCAUUUAACCUCCUACUGUAUGGGUUAACACAUUUAACUGACCCCCAUUUAACCUACUGUAUGGGGUAACACAUUCAGCUCACUGACCCCCAUUUAAUCCCUGACCCACCUUUAACCUCCCUGCUACCAUCCAGAUCCUCAUUUCCUUCUCCUAAUAAUCCCAUCGUCUAGAGUUGUCGUUGUAACAGAGUUAAGAACGUGCCGGAAGGUCACUCCACAGCUAGCUUGAAAUGUCGUCGAUGCAAUUGGAUCCUUUUGUAUAGCUCAAUCGGUCGGUACGUUGUCAAGGAGGAUGGUCACUGGUUCGAGCCCGUUAUGGGGACACGGACAGUGGAGGACGAUAUACCGUGAAGGAAGAUAUACUGUGAGCAGCUGACUGCCGUCGGUUUCAUGAUGUUGAGAGACAGACAGUAUAUGAGAGAUGACUCCUCUUGACCUGUGCCUGUAUUCAAGUGUCUCUGAGUAGGAGUGCUGAUCUAGGGUCAGUUUUGCCUUUUAGAUCAUAAUGAAGAAGAUUAUAUGGACAGUGUGGACCUGAUCCUAGAUCUGCCUUCUCAACGUGUCACUCUCCACCCAUCUAUACUAGCUGUAAAAGACAGUAGGACAUUUAUGUGAUUUGACCCGAAUGAUAACUUUACAGUAGUCUUUUUUAGCAUUGUGUUAAUCAAGUAGAAUAAUUCCUUGAGGAAUAGUUGCACCUUAUCUAUAGUAUAUAUCCAACUUUUAGAAUAUUGACUUGGCUUUUGCCCUAAUAUGGUUCCCUUGAAUAGGAUGUGAUGCCUUCAGCCUUAGGCAUUCCCAUCACUUCCACUCUUUAUAACUGCAUUUAUUGUCUAUAGUCCAACUUCUGACAGUUGAGAUUUUGACAUUUGAAAGUGAACUGACACAACCGUGUUCCCAAAACAUGAUAACCAGCAGCUUGACUUAAUUGGUUAAGUUCCCUUGCUAUUUGGUCUAUCCAUAGCGAGCUACACUGUACUCUGGUGUUAUAAAUAUAUCUUCAACGUCAGAAGAAAAUAGAGGGAAUAAUGUGUGGAAAAUAGCAUGACGUAAGCAGCUAAUUCACCUCAUCAAUAGGGAAUUGUGACAGCAUUUGAAAGACAUCCAACUUGUAUGCUAAAGAAAAAUGAUUUUAAAUGUGACUGACCAGCAAUGUGAAAGUAGAACACUGGGGUGUUUAACUAAUGUUCUCCAGUGCAUUUAUGCUGUAUUCUAUCAUUGUUUAUGGAGAUAACUAGGAGAGCCUACUCUUCUGUAUGCUUCUUUUUAGACUAGGCUGUUUUGACAAACAAGGCAGAGAUUGUAUAUGUUAGAAGUUGCUGCUCAAAUACCCCAAAGCCUUAUUAGAAUUAUGAAUAGCAAUUAUUUCAAGCUUCAUCAAAACAAAUGUUUUCUUUUCAACAGUGGUUGGUUGGAACCAAUACAAAAAAACAAUACAAAGUGAUUGACAGUUAUUGGUAUAACUCAUUUGAGCCAUCAAAAUGACAGAAAAUAAAAUGUUUUCUUGGUACCAAAAUAUUUAGCUGGCUAUGUUUGCUACAAAUGUCUUUCCUGGGUAAAGAACCAUUGUUGCAUAGGGGAAGAACCCAGAGACAUAUAUAUAUAUAUACAGUAUUAAUGUAUAUAUGGCUCUGAUAGAAUCCAGUUCCCCUAUAGGGUGUCCUGCAUGUACGUAUGUGACAUGCAGCUGUGUAUAGAGAAAACAAACUGCUUGUUAAGUGUUUGAAACUGUGGUGUUUCAGAAAGGAACUUUAACCUUUUUCCUUUAGGUGUUGGUCUCAAAUUAAACAAAUAAACAAAACAAAAAAAUCUAAAGAUAACAACCUUUGGAGUGUUUUUCAGACUCCCAAAUCAAAAUGUUAAUAAUAAGCUGUUGUACAACGUCUGGUUGAUAAGAAAUAUCGCUUAUUUUUUUGUACCUUAAAAACAAUGGGGGGGGGGUGCUGAGUCUUUUACCCCUUGUCCUCUUUUCCUUUUAAAGGACUAGCCUAGCUUUUUAAACAUUAACCCGUUAGAGAAAUGUUUGUUUGAGGAAAUAAGCUUUUAAAAAGUGGCAGCCGCUCCACUUAAAACCAGGGGUUAAAUAUGGAUUUUGUAAGGUGAUGAAACUGUCCUGUCUCUCUGUCCCCCAAAAUUGGUAAAUUUUUCAUAUAAAUCUAUUGAACUGUCACUGUAUACAGUGUCUCACUGUACCCUGAAGGAGGUGGGACUAUUUUGGUUGUUGGUCACACCCCUUCCUCCCACCUCCCAAUUUAAUCCCUGCUCGUCAUAACACACUGGAUACUUGUAUGUAUAUAUAUAUAUAUAUAUAUAUAUGUAUAUAUAUAUAUAUAUAUAUAUAUAUAUAUAUAUAUAUAUUUUAGUUUGUCUUCAUUAUGUUUCUCUCCUCUCUUCAGACUGUUCUCUAUAGUUUUACUACUUUAGAUUCUCCAUUUUGCCUUUUCUCCUGUGAAAAUCUGAUUCCUAAAGGUGGGCCUAGAAUGAUUGUUUACAAUUGUAUUCCAUUUGAUCUCUGGAUAUUCUGUAAAUAUUGUAAUUCAUUGUCUUUUUUUAACUUGUUAAUAAAGUUAUCAGAUAACGGUA